GAUCAAUUUUGUUUCCAAUUAAUUGACCUACUUUUACUGCGCAACUUCCUGGCGCAUUGAAAACUGAAUAAUAACCGCUCCAAAUUCAAGAUGUCUGCGCCCAUGUGAAGAUUUCUUGAUUGACAACACAAUGUUUGAGUCAGAAACUACAUGGCAGGUUGACGCUGCUGCAGAGAAACUCAGCAACAGUCUUUUCAUGACACCUGGGCCUAACUUUGAAAAGAGUGACAAUAGCCAGGUUAAAAAAUCUAGUGCUCGGAAGAAAUCAAAGAAGAAUAAAAGAAAACAAAACCCUAAAAAUGAUUCUUCAAAUCAUCCUACCCCAACCGCAGUCCGACCAGUGGCUUAUAGCACACCUCGAUUAGCUGCUGGAAACAAACGCAACAAAUAUAAAAAUUUCAGCCAAUCAAAAGAUGGACAAGUUAUCCCUAAGGGCUCAAAUGCUGUUCAGUGUGAUGAAAAAAUCUCAAAUGACAGAGACAAAGAUGAACUUAAACAAAGUAAUGUUUUGACAAAAAAGAAAGGAAAGCAUGAGGCUAUAAAGAAGAAUGAGAAGGUGACAAAUAAAGAAAAUGGAGUUGAUAAAAGUGAGGCCAAAUUGGCCAAUGGUUCAUUAAGGAAUAAAACCACGACCCCUGAUACUAAAAGUGAGUCAUCUAAGAAAAAGAAAUUGAAGAAGACCAAAUCAAAUGAAAGGGAUGACGAGAAAAUUAAAACCAAUGAAAAGACAGAAAGUGAAUCAACCGACAGCCAAAUUGCAAAGAAAAAGAAGAAGAAACCUAAAAGGAAAGUCCAGCAACAAACAAAUGACAAUAGCGAGCCUGCUUCUCCUACUCCUGUAGAUAAAACUGUGAAAUCUAAGAAGAAAAAGACUGAAGGCAUUGAGAUGACGCCUACCCAUGAAAUAAAAAAAGUGGAAGUGAAUUCUGGUAAUUUUGUACGAUCGAAGAAAAAACGUAAAAAUAAAAGUAAGAAUAAAUAUGCAAUGCUUGCAGGUGUCAACAAAGCUGAUAAAAAAGAUUUCCUGAUAAAGUUUAAUGUCAAAGAAUAUGUAGAAAAACUGGAAACUAAAAAGAAAGAAGUUGAAAAUGCUGAAAAAACAAAUUCAGGUAGUCAUAAAACAAAAUCGCAUAAAAGAAAGAGGAAAGUAAAACAAACUGAUGACAUUCAAAAGGUUGAAAAUGAUGGAUCAUCUAAAGAAGAUUUAAAUACUGAAUUAACUGAGGAUCUAAACCAAACCACCGAAACAAAUAUGUCUAAAAAACUGAAAGCUAAGCAUACUCUUUUUAAGAAGGAUAAACUUCAAGCAAUAUUCAAUGAAAGACAGCCUGAACCAGACACAGAUAAACCUGUGGAAAGUAAAAAAAUGAAGAAUUCAUCAAACAAAUCAAAGACCCCACAGACUAGUGAAAAAAAGACUCCCAAGCAUUCAGCAUUCCACCAAAAAAUGGUUGACCAGCUGAAUGCUGCGAGGUUCCGCUAUCUCAAUGAGCAACUUUACACAUGUUCCGGUCAAGAUGCUUAUAAGUUAUUUUCUGAGGAUGAGGCAGCAUUUGAUGUUUACCAUAAAGGAUUCCAAUCCCAGGUAUCAAAGUGGCCCAGCAAUCCUGUGGAUAUAAUCAUAGAAUAUAUCAAACAACAGCCUAAGAAGCGUGUUGUGGCUGACUUUGGGUGUGGAGAUGCCAAAAUAGCUGACUCUGUUCCAAAUAAGGUUCAUUCCUUUGACUUGGUCGCUGUGAAUGAACACAUCACAGCAUGUGACAUUGCAAAUGUACCCCUGACAGAUGGAAGUGUGGAUAUAGCAGUAUUCUGCCUGGCCUUGAUGGGAACCAACCUAGUGGAUUAUCUCAAAGAAGCCCAUCGAGUCCUGAGGAAAAAGGGUACAUUGAAGAUUGCUGAAGUUGUAAGUCGGUUCGAGAACUUGAACCGCUUCAUUAUCCAAGUAGAGAAACUGGGAUUCAUGCUGGAACGCAAGGACGAAUCCAAUAAAAUGUUCGUAAUGCUGGACUUUAAGAAAGGAGGUAAUAUGGACCCAUCAGCCGAACCUAUACAACUGCUGCCAUGUGUCUAUAAGAAACGUUAGAAUUAUGGGACAAGCAUAACCCACAGCCUCACUGGAAUUUUAGUGCACUGGCAUUUUAGUGCAUGCGAAUGAAAUGUCUGUUAAGCAGUACCUUCCUUGUCGUCUGAAAACCACCAUGGAUUAUUUUUUUAACUGUACAAAAUUAAAUAAAUGUUACCUGAUCAUGCAAGGUAACACAAAAUGUUGCUAUUUUAAGCUUAUUCAAACUGAUGACCAUGACAUUGUCAUUUUAUGACUCCACUUGGGUGAUAUAUAGCUUCAGAAUACAUUGCAUUUUUACAUCUAUUCAUUCUGAUGACCUUAAUCUAUAAAUGUGACAAUAUUGAUUAUGACUCCACUCGGGUGAUUUGUAUCUUCAAGAAGGUUUACAAUACUUUUAUGAGAUGUUCAUUGUUUUUAUUAUGAUAAUUAGUAUAAUAUAUCACUGGUACUCAGAUUUGAUACACAGUAAAACCUGUCUCAGUGAACACCUCACUCUAUUGAACACAUGUGUCUAGUGAACACCUUUCUCAGCACAUACUC